AUGGAGUACGUCUCGUUCGAAGGUUUACGCCUCGACGGCCGCCGAGCGAAUGAGAUCCGCCGACCGCGUCACGCGUUCGCCAUCGACGCCCAGUGCGAUGGGAGCGCGCGAUUCGAGUUAGGGAACACCGUGAUCGAGUGCCGCGUGGACGGACCGAGCGAACGGAAGUUCGGUGGGGCGGAAGAGGGGGCGAGCGAGGCGUGCGCGUUGACGUGCUCGCACGGACGAAGCGCGUUCGCGAGCGACGGCGUCCAGGCGGGGAGGAAGGGUGACGGACGGUCGAAACAGUUCGAGAGUGUCUUGGCGAAGGCGUUGACGAGCGCGGUGUGCGUUGAUUUGAUGCCGAGGUGCGAGGUGCAGGUGCGCACGACGGUGCUGUGCGACGAUGGAGGAGCGCGGGCGGCGAGCGCGUGCGCGGCGGUUCUCGCGCUCGCGGACGCUGGGAUCCCUUUAAAGGGGAUCAUUGGUUCGUGUACCGUGGGGCAUCUCGACGGCGAAGCGCUGAUCGAUGUGAAUCGAGACGAGGAACGCGGACGGGGACCAGAGCUGUGGACGUGCGCGCUGAGCGCUGGAGACGUCCCGGAUGACGACGAAAACGAGGAUGAUGGGGAAGAUCACCUCAUGGGUGCUACCGGGAAUCAUAUCACGGUGAUCGUCGAAGAGCUUGAGCGCGGGAAGACGACGAUGGAGACGUUCAAGUCCAUGCACGACCUUGCGCUCGCUGGAUGUGAGACCUCGGCGAGGUAUCUCAGAAUAUCACUCCGAGCGCGAACCAGAGCCCUAGCCGCCACGCGCGCGCUCGAAAAGUUCUAG